UAAAUAAUGAGUUCAAUUGGACAAAUAAUUUUGAACCAGCACGAAGGAUUCAUAGAACCCGAAGAUCAUUGGUUGUUGGAGAAAGACGAUUUCUAUGGAAUGAUGGUGUUAUUCCGUAUGAAAUCGAAGACAUAUUUAGUGGAGAUCAACGCAGAUUAUUUGAACAAGCAAUGAGACACUGGGAACAAUCGACUUGUAUUCAUUUUGUUAAAAGAAUUAAAGGAAUUCAUAAAAAUUAUAUAGUUUUUACUAAAUUAAAAUGCGGAUGCUGUUCACCUGUUGGUAAAAACCAGUAUGGACCCCAAUCAAUAAGCAUAAUCGGACAAUGCAGCAAUUUCGGUACUAUUUUACAUGAAUUGGGACACGCUAUCGGGUUUCACCACGAGCAUAUGCGUAACGAUCGCGAUGAGUAUAUUAAGAUUUUCCGAGAUAAUAUUCAAGAAGGACAUGAAGAUAAAUUUAAGAAAUUGUCAAUAAAAUUUACAAAAACGUUAGGUCAACCUUAUGAUUAUAAUUCCAUAAUGCAUUACCCAAGAUUUGCUUUUGCAAAGAGUUCGUUUCAUAGUACGAUUGAACCAACACGUAAAAUAAAUGAGGAGACACCGGGUAUUGGUCAGAGGAAUGCCCUGAGUACCGGUGACAUUACUACAGCAAAGUUGCUGUAUAAUUGUUCUGCACAUGACGGGUCAUUUUUUGAGCCUUGGAAUAUGAUUUUUCCGCCAAUACGUCCAGAAUAUUCACCGAAAGUUAUCGAUAAAUGCAAAUGGACAAUCAGAGCUGCGGAAGGGGAACAAAUAAAAGUCACACUAACAUCAUGGGAUAUUCAAGAGACUCCCAAUUGUACAGUGGAGUAUGUGGAAAUAAAAGAUGGCUACCAGGCAAAUAGUCCUGUCUUAGCUCGCAUAUGUGGUGAAGACAAAACAGUUAUUGUAACUGCUAGUAAUUUUGUAUUGGUAACAUAUGCCAGGACUCGUUAUGAAAAUUAUCACCUGGGAUUUAUAUUGAAAUACGAGGCUAUUUGCGGCGGCGAUAUUGAUUUAGAAAGUAAUGAUACUUAUUACUUAGAAUCACGAAAUUAUCCAGAGUCAUACGAACCGAAUAAAAAUUGUCAUUGGAAUAUAAAGGCUCCUUACAAGCAUUUUGUAGUAAUUAAAUUUCAUUACUUUGAACUUGAAGAAAGUAAAAAUUGUAAAAAUGAUUUUGUAAAAGUACAAGAGGGUAGGAAUGAAAAUGCUCCAAUAAUCGGAAGUUACUGCGGUAAAAACGACCACUUAGAAGUAGCUUCUCUGAUGAGAAGAAUUUUUCUGACGUUUGUUUCUAAUGAAUCGAAAGAAGCGGGAGGUUUUUCCGCCGCUAUUUCUGCAAAACCCAUUAAUAACAAUAAUUGAACCUUCUAAAUAGUUUAUAUGUUGUAGUAACUGGUAACUUAUAAUUAAUAUCACUCAUACUACAAUAAUAACACACUUAAAUUAUAAAUAACAACACCACAUUUAACAGCCGUAAAAGAAAGGCAAGAAAUAUAUAGUUUAUUGAAAUACAAGAUGUAUGCUGUUAUGCUGUCAAUUUAUGGUUAGUUAGUUCUUCAAUAAAGCAUUGGGAUAAUCCAUCCGUUACUCCUUUUACUUGACUGUCAAUAUAUGACUGACUGACUCUAGUCGCGCUUCUAUAAAACAAGAGAAGAAGGCAUUUGUUUUCUAGUUAUUCAAAUAUUUUAAAGAUCAGUUUCACAUUCGUUACAAUAUAUAGCAUUACACACGAAGAAAAAUGUUGGCUCGAAACCUAGCAAUUUUUAUUAUGCUGUCGACCGAACUUGAAACAGGAAGUGAAGCAUCCAAAAAGUUAUUACGCUCUUAUAGAAAAUUUUCAUGUCGCAUCACAAUUAUUAUAAUGUAUGAAAGUAUAUAAUUAUCAUUAAAGCUUAUCGAUAAGUUUCUCGCGCGUUUCUCAGUAUUGUAAUACAGCAUAAUAAUUUUUCGUAUGAACAUAAUAACUUUUUGGAAGCUUCACUUCCUGUUGUUUGGUCGAUAGCAUAAUAAAAAUUUGUAGAUAUCGAGCCAACAUUUUUCGUCGUGUAUUCAUUAGCA